GGAGACGGCGCCGCGCGGACGCCACCAAAGUUUGCAGCCUGCGCGGCGCGGAGGGGUCACCGCCACGGCCCGCACCGUACCCCGGCCCGCCGGAGCCGCACCUGGGCGACGGACGAACGCAACGCCUGAGCUCGGGCGGGCGGCGGAGCCCGCGAUGUGAGCUGCGUGGGGCGGCGCGCACCCCGGUCCGCAGGCGCCGCGGCCCCUCCUCGCCUGCGCGGCCGCUAAUUGCGAGAGCGGCCUCAUUUGCAUAGGCCGCCGGAGUCCGCUGGAGGCCGGCCAAUCGGCGCGGCCCUCCGCUAAUGGCCAUGCAUUAUUCACCAGCCUAAUUGCUCAGCCCCAUGCGCGGCCCGCGCAGCCGCCGCCACCGCCCCGCGCCCCGCGCCCCUCGCCCGCCCGGCCGCCCCGUGCCCACCCCGCGCUGUCCCCGCCGGCCACCCCGCUGAUGCCGCUGCCCCGCACGGGGCCGGAGCGCCGCUAGCAGCAUGUCUCGGCGCAAGCAGGCCAAGCCCCAGCAUCUCAAGUCGGACGAGGAGCUACCGCCGCAGGACGGGGCUUCGGAGCACGGCGUCCCGGGGGAUGGUGCAGAGGACGCAGACAGCGGCAGCGAGAGCAGGAGCGGCAGCGAGGAGACCAGCGUGUGCGAGAAGUGCUGUGCGGAGUUCUUCAAGUGGGCGGACUUCCUGCAGCACAAGAAGACCUGCACCAAGAACCCACUGGUGCUGAUCGUGCAUGACGAUGAGCCGGCACCGCCCUCCGAGGACUUUCCAGAACCUUCUCCCGCCAGCUCGCCCAGUGACCGCACUGAGAGUGAGGUGGCUGAGGAGGUGGCGCCCACGGAGGGCAGCGAGGUGAAGGCUGCUGCAAAGGAGGCAGAGCCCAUGGAUGUGGAGGCAUCUGCGGACAAGGGUCCUCCAGGCCCUAGUGUGCCCCCACCGCCACCUGCACUGCCACCACAGCCAGAGCCUGCGGCCUUCAGCAUGCCUAGUACCAAUGUGACCCUGGAGACGCUGCUCAGCACCAAGGUGGCGGUGGCACAGUUCUCACAGGGUGCACGUGCAGGCGGUACUACAGGCGCUGGUGGCAGCGUGGGCGCUGUGGCCAUCCCCAUGAUCCUAGAGCAGCUGGUGGCGCUGCAGCAGCAGCAGAUCCACCAGCUCCAGCUCAUCGAGCAGAUCCGCAGCCAGGUGGCCCUGAUGAGCCGGCAGCCUGGGCCUCCACUGAAGCCCUCAGCCAGUGCCCCUGGAACAGCCUCAGUACAGCUUCAGGGCCUGACUCCGCAUGCGGCCCUCCAGCUUUCUGCUGGACCUGCCACUGCCUCUGCUGGCUCGGGCUCCACCCUGCCGGCAGCCUUCGAUGGCCCCCAGCACCUGUCACAGCCUGCAUCGGGCACAAGCACUCCCUGCAGCACCAGUGCCGGCCCCACUGAUUCUGGGGCACACCCAGCCUGUAGCACUGGCCCAGCUCCAGGAGCCGUGGCUGCAGCAUCCAGCACUGUAGGCAGCACGGUGCAGCCCCAAAAUGCAUCUACACCCCCUACCCUGGGUCCUGGACCCCUCCUCAGCUCAGCCUCUAAUCUGCCAAACCCUCUGCUACCUCAGACUUCAUCCAGUAGUGUCAUCUUCCCCAACCCACUGGUUAGCAUUGCUGCCACAGCCAAUGCCCUGGACCCCCUGUCGGCUCUUAUGAAGCACCGCAAGGGCAAGCCCCCUAAUGUUUCAGUGUUCGAGCCGAAGGCCAGUGCCGAGGACCCUUUCUUUAAGCACAAAUGCAGGUUCUGUGCCAAGGUCUUCGGCAGCGACAGUGCAUUGCAGAUCCACCUGCGGUCCCACACGGGGGAGCGGCCCUUCAAAUGUAACAUCUGCGGGAACCGCUUUUCCACCAAGGGCAACCUGAAGGUCCACUUCCAGAGGCACAAGGAGAAGUACCCCCACAUCCAGAUGAACCCCUACCCUGUCCCAGAAUACCUCGACAAUGUGCCCACCUGCUCUGGGAUUCCCUAUGGCAUGUCCCUGCCCCCAGAAAAGCCGGUGACGACCUGGCUGGACAGCAAGCCAGUGCUGCCCACUGUACCAACAUCAGUAGGGCUUCAGCUACCCCCCACUGUCCCUGGCACCCACAACUACACUGACUCCCCUAGCAUCACUCCCAUCAGCCGGUCCCCACAGAGGCCCUCUCCAGCAUCCAGCGAAUGCACCUCUCUGUCCCCAGGCCUCAACAAUACUGAGUCUGGUAUCACAGUGAGGCCUGAGUCACCCCAGCCACUCCUGGGUGGGCCUUCGCUUACUAAAGUCGAGCCAGUCAGCCUGCCUUGCACAGGUACACGGACAGGAGAUGCUCCUGUGGUGGGUGGGCAGGUCAGCGGGUUGCCCACUUCGGCUGCCACCACCGUCACAGACAGCGCCUGCACAAGCCUCGGCAGCCCUGGUCUUCCGGCUGUUUCUGACCAGUUCAAGGCCCAAUUUCCUUUUGGUGGGCUGCUUGACUCUAUGCAAACGUCAGAGACCUCAAAACUGCAGCAGCUGGUGGAGAACAUUGAUAAGAAGAUGACUGACCCGAACCAGUGUGUCAUCUGCCACCGCGUGCUGAGCUGCCAGAGCGCGCUGAAGAUGCACUACAGGACACACACAGGGGAGAGGCCCUUCAAGUGUAAGAUCUGUGGCCGCGCCUUCACCACUAAAGGCAACCUGAAGACCCACUUCGGGGUGCACCGCGCCAAGCCCCCGCUCCGCGUGCAGCAUUCUUGCCCUAUCUGCCAGAAGAAGUUCACCAACGCCGUCGUGCUGCAGCAGCACAUCCGGAUGCACAUGGGGGGACAGAUCCCAAACACGCCACUGCCCGAGGGCCUGCAGGAGGCCAUGGACGCCGAGCUGCCCUUUGAUGAAAAGAACGUGGAGACCCUCAGCAGCUUUGACGAUGACGUCGACGAGAACUCCAUGGAGGAGGACUCGGAGCUGAAGGACACAGCCAGCGACUCCUCUAAACCGCUUCUGUCUUACUCGGGCUCCUGUCCACCCUCACCCCCGUCGGUCAUCUCCAGCAUCGCCGCCCUCGAGAAUCAGAUGAAAAUGAUUGACUCGGUCAUGAACUGUCAGCAACUGGCCAGCUUGAAGCCAGUGGAAAAUGGGUCUGGGGAAAGCGAUCGCCUGAGCAAUGACUCCUCCUCUGCGGUGGGCGACCUGGAGAGCCGCAGCGCAGGUAGCCCCGCCCUAUCCGAGUCUUCGUCCUCCCAGGCUCUGUCACCUGCUCACAGUAAUGGUGAGAGCUUCCGGUCCAAGUCGCCAGGGCUUGGCCACCAGGAGGAUCCGCAGGAGAUCCCACUGAAGACUGAAAGGCUGGACAGCCCACCCCCCGGCCCAGGAAAUGGAGGUGCCCUGGAUCUGACAGCGGGCCACCCUGGUCGGCCACUCAUCAAGGAGGAGGCCCCUUUCAGCCUGCUGUUCCUGAGCAGAGAGCGGGGUAAGUGUGCGAGCACUGUGUGUGGUGUCUGUGGCAAGCCCUUUGCUUGCAAAAGUGCUUUGGAAAUCCACUACCGCAGCCAUACCAAGGAGCGGCCAUUUGUCUGCACGGUCUGCAGGCGAGGCUGCUCCACUAUGGGUAACUUAAAGCAGCACUUACUGACACACAAGUUGAAAGAGCUGCCUUCUCAGGUGUUUGACCCCAACUUUACUCUAGGUCCCAGCCACAGCACGCCUAGCCUGGCCUCCAGCCCUGCGCCCACCAUGAUCAAAAUGGAAGUGAACGGCCACAGCAAGGCCAUCGCACUGGGUGAGGGCCCAGCCCUACCAGCCGGGGUCCAGGUCCCUACUGGGCCCCAGACAGUGAUGAGCCCUGGGCUGGCACCCAUGCUGGCACCCCCACCACGCCGGACACCCAAGCAGCACAACUGUCAGUCAUGUGGGAAGACCUUUUCCUCAGCCAGUGCCCUGCAGAUCCACGAGCGCACCCACACUGGGGAGAAGCCCUUCGGCUGCACCAUCUGCGGCAGGGCCUUCACCACCAAGGGCAAUCUCAAGGUACACAUGGGCACCCACAUGUGGAACAACGCACCCGCAAGGCGUGGCCGCCGCCUGUCUGUGGAAAACCCCAUGGCCCUGCUUGGCGGCGAUGCUCUGAAAUUCUCUGAAAUGUUCCAGAAGGACCUGGCAGCACGGGCGAUGAAUGUUGAUCCUGGCUUUUGGAACCAGUAUGCCGCUGCCAUCACCAAUGGGCUCGCCAUGAAGAACAAUGAGAUCUCUGUCAUCCAGAAUGGAGGCAUCCCUCAGCUCCCAGUAAGUCUAGGCGGAGGUGCCAUCCCGCCUUUGGGUGCCAUGGCCGGUGGGGUGGACAAGACACGUACUGGCAGUAGUCCACCCAUUGUCAGCUUGGACAAAGCAAGCUCAGAGACGGGAGCCAGCCGGCCAUUCACAAGGUUCAUUGAGGAUAACAAGGAGAUUGGAAUAAACUAGCAGGAUACACUUAAGACUCCACCCUCCUCUUCUGUCCCAAGUCCACUCUGCAGAGUUGGAGCAUCAGGCUUUGGACCCCACAUGCCUAGGCUCUCAUUAAUACUUUACCCAUGACAGAAAAUCUCUGCACCCUGCGGCUGCUGUAAGGUGGCAUGGUGAGUGAGGUGCAGUACUUCAGUGGGUUUGACUGUUCUGAGGAACUCUGCAACCCUUUAAGUAAAUUUCAGACAAAAGCUUAUGUCCUUGAAAAAAAAAUGGCCUUAGGAACAGAAAGAGCUCAGACCGUAUCUACUUCAUUUCUCCUAAAACCUAGUGACCCCUUUGUGUGGGGGAAUGGGGUCCCCUGUGGCAAUCCCGUGAGCUGCAUUCAAUGCUUUUGUUCAAAUUCUGUAGACACUUGAACUCUGUUUUAGGGACUCUUCGUCUUGGAGAAGCAGCUCAGUGCUCCAAACGCUGUGUAUAAUGACAGUCACUUCGUCUAUAGUAUUUAUGUUAAGAUUAUGCGGGUAACAGACAAUAAAAUAGCCCAACCUUAAAUGAAGAUUUUGUAUCACAGAAUACAUCUGGCUAUGUGAUCUUUUUUUUUUUUAAAGCAAGAUUUGCGUCAUUAUAAAUAAGUGGAUUAAUUCAAUGCUGGCAAAAUCGUGACGUUCUAUUGGGAAAGAUAGCAUGCUUUCUGUGUGCAAGUACCUGUCAGUACCACCCCUCCCCUUUAAUUUAAAUGUUUGUAGCUGCUAUGUGAACAGUUGUUCUCUAGUGUGGUCUGUGGCCCCGCGGUGGAUUGGGAACAAGUUACAGACAAGCAUCACCGCAAAAUGAUUCACAGAAUUAUAAACAGUUGUGAGUAAAGAUUUCACAUUAUCAAAGCUGUAUAAUAAAGAGGUAAUGUUUGUAUAAUGUGGUUGCAAAUCUUAAUUUAUACAAUUGCACUUUUAGUAUUUUGUAUUAGGGAAGUUUGUCUAUAAUUUGAAAAUUAAAAAAAAAGAUGUAAAGUAUUUUAUAAAUAGUACUUCGGUUUAAAGAAAAUGGAGAAAAAAAAACCCAUGUCACAGUUUAUUGUUUUGUCUUAAAGUCAAACAUGAGAAGUCUAUCCUGUUUAAGCAGAAAAGAAGCCACCAGGACUUGUCAGCACCUCAAUAAAAUAAGACCUGCCAUUUCUUAAAUUAACAUGCUUUAUUUAACUUUUCUACAAAACCUCCUGAAAAAACUGUGAGCACCAUAACAAAACUUUAACAAAUUACUCUCAGUCCCCUGACAUAGAAAGGCAGGGAACAACAGAGUUCGUAUUGCACAAGUGUGAUUUUACUGUGGGCUCCCCUCUGUCUCUCUCACACACAUGAUAUGGGACUGCCUCAUAGCACUGGUCAGGGUGCAAAUGAGACGGGGAUACCGAGUGUCUGGCAGUAUAAUCAGUCAUAUCCUUGACAUUUCCUAAGUUCGUGAUUUAUUGUCUUUUCAAGUGCAAACACGGUGCGGUGUCCUGAUCAUUCAACCCCCAAUCUUUUGCUGAUGACCUGUCUAAACUGCAUCCACUAAGCAAAGGAGCCAGAUGCUGGGAGGCGGGGCGGACUCGAAACUUGAACGUCAGUGUUGUGUGUACUACCUCAUUUUCGUGCAUUGCAAGCAUGCUGGGAUGUGACAUGAUGGACUUCCCACAGAAACUGCUCGAGACAUUCUGUAGGUAGCUGGGUACCUCGGCAGGGAGCUGUCUGUGCCUGAAGGCCAAACCAGACAGUGGGAAACAGAAGGCUAGAGCAGUCACCUCAUACAAUUGAACCAACAGGAAAAGGCACUGCAGGGGAAUGACUACCACUGGCCCGUGGCUGAGCAGAGAGCUUCUGGGCUCAUUAGCUGUUCCCGUCUUUAGAAAUGAACGCUGACCUCUCCGGCUCUGUUUUCCAUGUCGUGAGGUGGAGCGUCUUCAGGCUGUGCCAUCUCUUGCUGGGGUGGGGAUGGGAGCAGGUGCUCCAGCUUUGGGGAGAGGAGUCAAGGUGGCUUAACGUUGCUGUGCUUUAGCAGUUGAGUAUCUUGUUAUUCAUGUGUGUCUUCUUAGUGUGUUUUCUCCCCGUCUUGGUUGGUAUUUGGUACCAUGUUAGUGUUCUUUCUUCUCUCAAAAGGAUGUGUAUAUAACUUAAGAGAAAUGUAAAGUGUUAUAAACGAGACGGCGGAUGAAGAUGAAGAGACCACCCCCAUUCUGUGUUCAGGGCUGGCUGUCCCUCUGCGUGGUGAAGAGAGACACUAUUUUUAUACCGCAAAAAACACGCGGGGUGAGGGCCUCCCAGAACCAGCCAGGGUGUUUGGUAGACCUGAUAUAUUUUAUGAUUAAGUCUUGUGGCUUGACACAUCUACUGACUGAAAUGGAUGUUGUAGACUAGGUUACUAUUUUUGUCACACAGAACUGAAUAAAAUGCGGGGUGUUGUAUUA